UCCCGCCCAGUCCGCCAUAUUAUUCGUGUUGUCGUUUGUUUACCCUUUAUAAUUUCCGUUCGUCAGUUGACGUAAACCGUUUAAUUUUUGUUUUCCAUUCGUUAUUUUGUGUCAAUUGAUUUAACCGAUUACACGUAGUUUUGUGAUUUUUAUUCCGCUUCCAAUGCUGUGUUCGACCAUGCGUUUUGUUGUCGUAAAGCCCGACCGUGUGUCCGCCUAAGCACCAAGAUCGAAAAGAAACGUACCGUUAUCACCGACUUGGGGAUUUCAUUGACAAUUAUUGUUUAAUGGUUUUUUAGGUAUUCUACCGCGCCAAUCGUCGUCCAUUCAUCAUGUUCUAUUCACACUUCUCGUUGUCCAAGAAAGGGCCGCUUGCCCGUAUUUGGUUGGCUGCCCAUUGGGACAAAAAGUUAACUAAAGCACAAGUAUUUGAAACCAAUAUUGAAACUUCUGUUGAUGGAAUAUUACAGCCAAAAGUGAAAAUGGCUCUUCGAACCUCGGGUCAUCUUUUAUUGGGUGUGGUUCGAAUCUAUUCGCGCAAGGCUAAAUAUUUGUUGGCAGAUUGUAAUGAAGCAUUUGUUAAGAUUAAAAUGGCUUUCCGGCCUGGUAUGGUUGAUUUGCCUGAGGAUAAUCAUAUUGCAGCCGCCAAUGCUAUUACACUUCCAGAAGUAUUUCAUGAUUUUGAUACAGCCAUGCCUGACUUGAAUGAUGUUGAUAUUGAAGCUCAAUUCACUCUUAAUCAAUCAAGAGCUGAGGAAAUUACUUUGCACGAAGAUUAUAAUAUUAGCUCUAUGGUUUCUAAAAAUUCUGGUUUUGAUCAAGGAUUUGGAUUCUCGGAGGUUGAAAAUUCUGAUAUACUUCGUCAUGGGAUUGAACAUUCUCUAUUAUUCAGUGAAGGUGUUGACCAUUUAAUGAACCGUGACAAAGAACCUAUACCUUCUACAUCUGCUGGGUCUGGAAUGUUAAGUCAAAAUAGUUUAGGAAUCGAUGCUCCAAUUAGAGAUGAUGGGUUUGGAGGAAAUAUUGGUCAAGUAAUUCCAGAUAACUUUUUUCAAGCUGGCGGCUUAUUUGAUGAUGUGCCUGCUGCUCCUAUGGAAGUGAAUGAUGGUCAAGGCCCUCCUAGUCCACCACCAUUUAAUACGCCUAUUCGAAAUGAUGAUGAUGACGAUGAUUUUAUGCCUCCUAGUCCAGGAAGACACAGUUCUGAUGGUUCAAGACCAGCCUCACCUGUUAAUUUACCAUUCCCUAAUGCAGGUGCAUUAGGUCUUAUACCAUCACCAACCCAUGAUCAAACAUUGAUGCCACCACCAGAUAUUGAUAUGAAUGAUAUGCAUGAUAUACAAGCGUCUGAAGAACCUGAGCCAUUAAAUGAACAGAAUAUAGAUGCUUCUGUAGAUCAAACUACAUUAGUACAAAAUGAUGAAGAAAGUUUUGCUUUAGGACCAGUUGAUGCUAGUGUAUUAAGAGGCUUGCCAAAGACAAAGAGAAAGCGAAAACUUAUUGUAGAUGAAGUGAAAAAUAUUUCUGGAGAAGAAAUGAAAGCGCAAUUAAGUGACACAACAGAUAUUGUAAUAACAUUAGAUUUAGCUCCACCAACCAAAAGACUAAUGCAUUGGAAAGAAACAGGUGGUGUAGAAAAGUUAUUUGCUCUACCAGGAAAAAAUAUACCUGCUAUACCAUUAGCUAAAAAUUACCAAAGACACUUAACAGCAAAGACUUUAACUAAUGAAGAGGUUGAAGGUGAAGGUGGUGCUGAAGGAGAUGAAGAAAAUGUAUUACCUGCUUUAGCUGGUCCAGUUCCUGCUCGUCGUGGUCGUAAAAGAAAAACACCCUUAGAUGAUGAUAAUCAAAGACUCGCCAAAAAAGAUGCUUUACCUGCUUUACCAGAAGUACCUCCUCAAGUUGAAUCAAUGGAAGUUGAAACUCCUGCACCUUUGUCAGUAGCACCUCCUACUCCAGCCAUUCCUGAAGAAACUGAAAAUAUUGAAAUGAAUCAACAACAGCCUGUUGAACAAUUACCAUUUAUAACAUCACCAAUAAAUGAUGGACAAAUGUUACCACCUGGAACUCCAGCACACAAGUCUAAUGAACCAAUUAGUAAUGAAGAUCCGAAUGUAAAUGCAUUUGAUGAUCUACAAGCCCCUCCAUCAGUUGAUACUUCAGUUGUAAACAAUCAAUCAAUGCAACCAGAACUACAAAAUAUGGGAUACGACAAUCAUAUAAAUCAAUCAACUGAUUUUAAUCCAGUUAUUAUGGAUAAUAUGGGAUAUGAUGGUCAUCAUAAUGCUCCUGUUACACCAGGUUUACCAUCACCAAGAGGUGGUGCAACACCUUGGCGUGAUCCAGAUUAUGAUUACCCUGCAUCUGUUGGACCUGUGGAGGAGCAACAGGCCCCACAUGAAACUAAUGAACAAUAUGAAGAACGAGUAAUGAACAAAAGGGCUAAUCAGUUGUAUCAUACAAUUAAAACGAGAUUUGCUCAAAAAGAUACUCUUGUUUUUGAUGAUCUUACUUACAGAAAUCGAAGAAAAGAGGCAGCCCAAAAGUUUUAUUCUGUUCUGGUAUUAAAGAAGUAUAAAGUCUUAGAGCUUAUACAACCAGCACCAUAUGACCCCAUUGAGCUGAUAAAAGGUCCUUGCUUCACUGAUCCAAAACUGUAAACAUAUUGUCUACGAAGCAUAACAAUAUUUGUAAAAUAGUAUUUUGUUCAAAAUAUAUUUGCUGAGUACAACA